AUGCCGAUUGAAGCCGUUUUGGAUGAUAUUUAUUACGAACCGGUGAAAUUCAUGGAUGCAGUUUCCUGUCCAAUUUCAGAUAAAAAGCAAACCAUGAAAAUAAUCAGCAAAUUGCAAUCUGUGUAUCCUGUGAAAGGAUUUGAACACCUGAAGAGAGUAAAAAGCUGUAAAUCUCAAGGGUCCGGUCUCCACAUAAUCAUUUGUCUGAAGGAUCAACUUUCAGAGGAAUUUUUAAAAAAACGCUUAACACUUGAGGUUCCAGCCUCAGCACCGCUAACUCGGAAACAAUUCAAUGAAGCCUCACUUUGUUGGCCAGUAAAUUUCCAUGAAGACAAAAAAAUAACCCGACUUCUCAGUGCACAUGUAUUUACGCCAAACGAAGAAGAAAUUAUCAAUAAAAACAUGGCAAAGGCAAUUGAAAUGGCAAAAAUUGGACAAAAAAUGGCAGAAUGUCCAGUUGGAGCUGUGGUCAUUGAUCCUACCAAAGACUUGGUUAUUGCUGCUGCACAUGAUCUUCGUUUUCAAUCUGGUCAUCCUUUAAAACAUGCUGUCAUGGCAUGUGUUGAUCUUGUGGCCCAUUCACAAGGAGGUGGAGUCUGGAAUUGUCCAGAUACACUUAUGUACACUUCAACUGAAAGCCAAAUUUCAUCUGAAGGAAACAAAAUGGGGCCUUAUUUGUGUACGACAUAUGACCUUUACGUCACUCAUGAACCUUGUGUAAUGUGUGCUAUGGCUUUAGUUCAUUCAAGAGUGAAACGAGUAUUUUAUAGUGUGCCAGAAAAAGAUGGUGCUCUUGGCAGCAACUACAAGCUUCAUGUCCAAAAACAUCUGAAUCAUCAUUAUGAAGUCUAUCGAGGAAUCAUGAGCAAAGAAUGUGAAAUGCUUUUAACUACAGACUGUAAAUCUGAAGCAAUAACGUGA